CGCCGUAACGUAAAUGAUGACGAAGAAGAAGAAUGUUACAUAUUUAUCUCGCGAGAGGAAACACUUUUCCUGGACAACGAGGCAUGUGUUUACUGUACAAUAAAUAUGCUCGCGUCGUAGCGCCGCAGCCGCAGAGAAGACUGUCGCUCGGACAUGGCGCAGAGCGGGUCGUCGGUUGGUUUUUCUGGCUCUCUGACGAGCUCAACUCUUCCUCCGCCGAGGACCCGCAUCUUCAAAAUCAUCGUGAUCGGGGACUCCGGUGUCGGGAAGACCUGCCUCACCUACCGCUUCUGUGCUGGGAAGUUCCCCGAGAAGACCGAGGCCACGAUCGGGGUGGACUUCAGGGAGAGGCUGGUCGACUUUGACAGCGAGAAGAUCAAGAUCCAGCUGUGGGACACUGCAGGUCAGGAACGCUUCAGGAAAUCUAUGGUGCAGCACUAUUACCGCAACGUGCAUGCUGUAGUCUUUGUGUAUGAUGUGACCAACGCUGCCAGCUUUCGCAGCCUCCCAGCAUGGAUUGAGGAGUGCAAGCAGCACGCGCUGGGCACCGAAGUACCCAGAAUCUUAGUUGGAAACAAGUGCGACCUUCAAGACUCUGUUCAAGUGGGCACGGACGUGGCGCAACAGUUCGCCGACGCCCAUUCCAUGCCCCUGUUUGAGACAUCUGCAAAGAACCCAAACAGCCAGGGAGAUGGAAACUAUGGCGGAGGAAACAGUGACCAUGUUGAGGCUAUUUUUAUGACUGUGGCCCACAAGCUGAAGUCUCAAAAGCCUCUGGUUUUGAGCCAGCCUCCCGGGGGAUCAGUGGGUACCGUCAACCUGAGCAGAGGGAGGGAUGAUGGGGAAGAUGGAUCCAGGAGCUGGGGCUGCAGCAGCUGCUGAGGAAGACAACUUCAGCCUGAGGGGAGUGAAGGCAAGGAGUUAAGGAAAGUGUGGAGGUCUUGAAAGGAGGAAUUGAUCUUGCCAAAUGGCUUCACAAUCAGCACAAACACAGAGAUAGUUUCUCCAUUAGAAGAGGAUACUGUUUUCGCAAUGCCUAUGCUUAACUUUCUAAAUUACUUUGAAUGGUUUUGAGGUAGUAUUUACAGUAUGGAUGUUGUUUUGGACUGCCAAAAGCUAUCAUUGGUUCAUGAUAAACUGAAAUUAACUUCAACAAGGGGCCAAAAAAGAGAUUAUAAUUCAGUUUAUAUUCACUUAUCUUCAUGUAUCUCACCAAAACACAAUACGUAACACAAACCUGUUGAAUGCAUUUCUCCUUCAAAAGAUAUGCUCAACGUAUUGCAUGUUUACACUAACAACUUGAUUAUGCUUAACAUAAAAACAUGCUUAGCAAGCUUACUGAAAUUAUGCCGUUGAUUUGAGGGAGAAAAAGAGUAGUGGUAAAAAAUGUGUAUACUACUGAAGAACAACAUUGGGAAAUAGCCUAAUCACAUCCAGAUUGUCAUACGGAUUGAAACUCAAUCAUAUUGACUAUUUGGAAGCUUCUCACUGCUUCACACUGUUUUGUUCACCGCUUGCUUCAGCUGCUCUCAAGUGGCCACCAACAAAUACUUCCCUCCGGUUCAAGACACCUACUUUUGAUGGACAGUACCUUUUGGCUAAGGUCAAGUUUGUUUCUGACGUUCGCAGCACUUAGACCAACACAAAAUAUUCCAUGCAGUGUGGACCAUGAUGAAAUAGUAUUACAGUAUUAUACUCUACAGAUUGAAAUCAAGUGUGACAUUGUCUUACCAGUCAUCAUUAUUGUUGUUUUUUGGAUAAAAAACAAACAUCUGUGAUAAUAGAAGACCUUGCUGGCAAUCUAUCGCCAUCUUGCUACUAACGUUUUACUGCUGUUUGUGCAUUGUGCAAUGCCCUCCGUUGAGGCAACCAUGACAACGGUUCUGUCCAUCUGAUUGCCAGCACCAAGAAUUCCUGAAUCCUGAAUGGAAGUUAAUUUGGUGGAGAAGUGCUGUCAAUGUGGGGUGUUACUAGGGAUCGUCUGUGAAUGUUAUGAUUAAGGAUGCAAAUGGUAUUUACUAUCCUAUCCUAGUUGUAGGUUUCCAUUUCCUUCUAUGAAAGGCAACAAAAUAGCCAGAUGCGUCAACGAGUAGAGAUUGGUACCGUGUAGGCCAGCUAGUGAAUAGAACAUACCUCUCAUAGCCUGUACAGCUUUGUCGUGUGUACCUCUACAUGUACACCAUUACUUAUCCUGUAUGUAAGCUUGUAAAACAACAUUUAGCAUGUGGCGGACACCAUUGUAUGAUAAAAGCUGACAGCGAUUAACCCUCCAUAAGCCAUGAUGUUGUUAUCACCAGAGGUUAGUGCUUUUAUGUGUGCAGUGGCCACAGCUGGUCCUGUGGCUUCUCUGCUGCGCUGCACAUGACUAUAUCAAACUAAAUGGCCUUGUCUCAGGACUGUUCAGAUACACACAGAUGAAAUAUUAAGAGACAGGCUGUGCUAGCUACAUCUCUGAGGAAGUUAGUUUGAUCCGUUUGCUGCCGUCUUGUGUUCUUAAAGUGUCAAUGCCCCCAUCCAUCGUCGUCAUACCUAUAAUGUUCUUUGCCUUUUUGUCACUAAAGCCAUUAACGCAUAAUGCAUUGCUAAAUGUAUUGCUUAUUGCAAAUGCCCAGAAAGAAAAAUCUAAAUUUACAGAAUGAUAUCAAUUCACAAAGUUACUAAUGAAUGAAACUACUCAGGACAAGUAGUUGCAAUGGUUUUGUCAUGCAAUAAACUACCCUGAACAUUUAAAAAUGUUGUGAUCUCUUUAAAAAAUGUUUUAUUAAUUAAAUACACAAUAUCUUGGAUUUGUAUAUUGUGAACAUAGCUAACUUUCACUUAGUAUUCAGUGAAUUAGGCAUUCCAUUCAUACACAUGUAUUCAACUCUGGCAAGGUUUAAAUGAUUUUGGCUACAGAAACCUUUGGUCAAGAAGAAAUCAAGGCUUUCACAGCUCAAAGUGCUCGGACUAAUCAAGAAUACAAAUUACAUCCAUCCAAAGAUUAAGAAAUGUGAAGGCAAAGAUAUAAGCAAACAUAAUCAAUCCCCCUUCUCUCUGGAAUAUAAUAACACAUCUGUACACAUGACAUCUAUUGCUUCUGUACAUCCGGGGAGAGGGAUCCUCCUCUGUUGCUCUCCUGAAGGUUUCUUCCCUUUUUUCCCUGUCAAAGGUUAUUUUUGGGGAGUUUUUCCUGAUCCGAUGUGAGGUCAAAGGUCAGGGAUGUCGUAUGUGUACAGAUUGUAAAGCCCUCUGAGGGGAGUUUGUAAUUUGUGAUUACAAAAUAAACUGAAUU